AUGGUUACUGUGGUGCAGCUUCUAGUCCUGAUCCCAUUUGCUGGCUGUAUUUCAGUAGACUAUCGUGCAAAACGCCAAGCCAUUUUCGAUACCGAAAAGAAACUUUCCACCGGAGGACAUUCGAUUCUAACAGCGAUAGAAUUGAAAGCCGACGAAGUCCUUAUGAAUAUAAAAAAUAAAACUAUUUCCGAGGGAGUGAUCAAUCCCGAGUCCUACGCUCCAGCCAUGCACUUUUUCCAUGCAAAACCCAUCAUCGAUAAUAGUAGCAUUUUUCAAAUUAUACGCGCAAUGCCCAAGGGAUCGGUUCUUCACCUGCACAAUACGGCAGCGGUUAGUUCGGAAUGGGUCAUCCGAAAUUUAACCUACCGACCGGAAGCGAAGCUUUGUGAACAUGCAGGCAAAGUUCACUUCACAACCCGCGCAUCCCAGGAAUGCCCAGAGGAAUCCCUCAAGACAAUACAAUCGCUUCGUGCCAAAAAUGGCACGAGCGAAGCUUUCGAUUACUGGCUCGAGUCUUUGAUAAAUUUGAAAUUGAACGACCCGGAGCUGAUGCACGCUGACAUCAAUACAGUUUGGGUCCAGUUUGAGAAGAUGUUCACGGUCUUGCGCGAUUUUAUCACCUAUAAACCCUUUUUCGAAGCGUUGCAUACCCAGUUGUUGCAGGAAUUUUACGAAGAUAAUGUUUUGUACAUCGAAUUUCGGAUGCCCCUGUCGAAAUUGUACGAUUCAAAUGGUAAGACGUACAAUGAAUCCGAGGUGGCAAAGAUUUUGAUACGAUUAAUAGAGGACUUCAAGCAGGAUCACCCGGACUUUGUCGGGGCAAAGGUCAUAUUCUCCAAACACCGGGGCGUGGAUAGUGGAACAGCGCAGGAUCUCCUGAAAGCUUAUGUGAAAUUGAACAAGGAGUUUCCGGAUCUCGUCGUCGGUUUCGAUUUGGUUGGACAAGAAGAUAUCAAUCAACCGCUGCAUAUCUUUCUGGACGAGUUACAACAAUUCAGACACACUACUCCCUAUUUCUUUCACGCAGGAGAAACGAAUGGGUACGGAAGUGAGUCGGAUCUCAACCUGAUUGAUGCAAUACUGCUAGACAGUCGUCGCAUUGGUCAUGGAUUUUCACUUUACAAGCAUCCAAUACUACGGAAAAUGGUCAAAUCGGAAGGAAUAGCAUUGGAGGUAUGCCCACUUUCCAACCAGGUACUAAGAUUGGUGAGUGAUCUCCGAAAUCAUCCGGCGGUGUUUUACGUUUCGGAGAGUAUUCCCAUUGUCAUAUCAAGCGAUGAUCCCGGAUUUUGGGACAGUAAAGGAGUUAGCUAUGACUUUUACUAUGCUUUGAUGGCGAUUGCACCUAGUUCGACAGGAAUUGGAUUUCUCAAACAAAUUGUAUGGGAUUCAGUGAGGUACAGCUCGCUAACGGCAAAAGAGCGGACGGAGUAUUCCGAAACACUUCAGCCCAAGUGGGACCAAUUUCUGAACGAUAUCAUCUCUGGUAAACUGGUUGGAAAAUAAAUUGAUUAGCACCGCUUUUUACAAUAGUAUCACAUCA